UACGACGACGACUACGACGACGACGACGAUGAGGCACCUACCUAUAUGUAAACGUAGGUAAACGUAAACCCGAAGUUAGUGAAGGGAGGACGAGAAAGGAAGACUCACUUGACAACAAUAUUUUGGCCAAAGAGACGAGCAAUAAGUUUAUGGACAUAGAAAGAAAUACAGAGACACAACAGACAUCGGACUUGCGAACUAGAGAGAGACAAAAACCACCAGUACGAAGCUCUCUAUAUACCUAGGUUAACAUUGACCGUAGUAUCCUUUGAACCGCGUAUACUUUUACUCUUUACUUACAUCGUACUGUUAAAACUCCUUCUCGUCUACGAAUAAUACUUAAUUUAAACGUCGUAUUCGAAAGAAAAUUUUCGGUUCGAGUGUUGAUCGUAAUACGAGUACGAGCUCUACACUGGUGCAUCCGCGUCCGUUGAAUUAUUGUGGUAAUGUUUCGUAACAUCGUCGUGUUGCAUCUGCCAUCGAUGUUGUUGUAUUUUUCGCCUUGAAAUAUGCUCAUAUUUGGGUCAAUUGUCGUAAAUUAAUCCUGCGUGUGUAUAUGCUUGUUGUGUUGUGAUUUGGAAUAUAGAAAAAGAAUCAAUAUGCCUUCUGUGCUCACAACCGUGUUGCCGUCCUUGCUGGGUAGAUGGUUAGAGAUGCCGCUUUCGGUGCUACUGUGCGUCGUUGAUUUAUGUUUCUUAACCGUCAACAAUGGUAAUACGACGACGACUGUCGAUAUAACACGCGCUAGUACGAUGACCGAUCGAUUGGAUGCUGUCGAUAUUGACGAGGUGUUAAAAAAUACCAGAUUGUUUAACAGUUACGUUAAGUGUAUCCUCGAUACUGGACCUUGUACGGCGGAAGGACGAGAAAUGAAACGCGAAACGUUAGAAGUACUCCAUACAGGUUGUUCUAAUUGCACCGAAAAGACCAAACAACGUAUUAAGAAGAGUUUCUUAAGGCUCAAGUCAGAUCCGAGGUUUCGAGAAUCGUAUAAAAAAGUCCUCGAUAAAUACGAUCCGGAUAAAAAAUACAUCGCUAAUUUGGAGAAAUUCUUAACCUAGCAUUAAUUUUUCCUCGUGUACUUAAAUAUGUAAAUAUUCCCUGCAUCCCUUUUGCGAAAAAAAAAACAAUUCACAAAACGGUCAACUUGAACGAGUUCAAGUUACAAGAAAACUGUACCAGUUUUGGGAAUGGAUUUUUCGCCUUCAUUUUUCCAUAUAAUAAAAAUGAUAUGAACCUAUUUUUAUAAGAACUAUCGUGAUUUUAUUUAAAGCAUUUAAAAUUGUUAUUAUGUGUCGUAGUUAUAAUUUUAUUACCUGUUUUUUUGCUCAUUUUUAUGUAUUUUCUUCUUUUUUUAAAAUUAUUUUUACAUGAUGUAAUUAUAAGGCUAUUAUUAUACUCUGAUACGGAAGUAAUACUCGUAAGUAUGUUCAAAGGCGCCGAAAAAGAGGAAAUAAGUUUAUAGAUUUAGGUAGAAAAAAAGUUUAUUACCUAGGGUUUAAAAAUUAUCGAUAUUUUUGAUACUUAUUAUUCUUGCUAAGUGCCAUAAAAAUGUUUCAUCGUGUUUCGUGUACUUUUUUUCUUCUUUCGAAAUUAAAAUCGACGGAUAUCUAACUUCCUAGUUUUGAAACAUUUUUAAAAAACUUUUACACGAUAAUUAACCUUGUUUAGGAAGCAUAAAAAGUAUACCAUAAUGAAAGGGUUUGAUGAACUUGGUGUAUUUGAAAUUUUUUAUAAUAAGUAAGCAGGUAUACUUGAAAAAGUCAUGAUGUAUAUUUUCUUAAAAUUUAGAAAUGAUUUUUCACAAAAAAUUGAUCAAGUUGGGAAAAACUUCAUAAUUUUUUUCAAUCAGAAAAAAAAAAUGCGAAGCCAAACUCAAUUUUUUCGCAUCUUUUCUUGAUUUUCAACAACAAAAAUGUCAAUUUUCUAUGUAAAAAAAAAAUACAAUAAAUAGGUACCUACCUACUUCAAAAGAUAAAUUUUGUAUAUCAGUGUUCAUUUUUUUUUCAAAAAAAUUAAUUUUCUACCAAAAAAAAAUAAAAAUGAUUUAUUGGGAAUGCAAAGGGUCCUAAAGAAAAUUAAUAGAAUCGAAAUCUUAGACCGUGAAAAUUCCUGCCAGUAGAGUCUGGUCCAUUUUUCCUUCAGAACAUUUAGUUUUCGAGAUAUUAUUCAAGUUCAAAAGUUCAACUUUUAUCUUCUGUUGAAAAUAGGUAUCCCGAAAGCAGAACCCAAACUUUAUAGCAAAAAUACUACCUAUGUAAUUAAACUCAAGUGAUGAGAAAUUUGAUGAUACCUAUUUGAUUUCGUUUUUACUCGUUUUUUUUUCAUUGGAUCCUUCGCUCAGCCAAGAAAUCGAUCCUUCGUUCCAGUGCUCACUUAUUUCAGUCAUAGAAAUUAAUUUUCCACCAAGAAAUCAGUUUAUUGGGGGGGUGCGUAAAAAGGGCCUUAAAAAAUGAAUAAAAUCAAAAUAGUCGAUCGAAAAAUUUUCUGUUUAAAAAAAGGGCCUUUUUGAGAUUUUGGUGAAUGAAACUAGACUUUUAGUAAAUUAGACAAAAACAGGGUUUUUUGUAAAAAAUUUGAAAAAACAUGUUUUUUUCUCAAUUUUUAUAAAAAUUUGUUUUUUUGCAAAGACAAAUAAGCAACACAUUCUGGAAAUUUUGAACAAUAAAAAAUUUGUUUCUACAAUUUUGGCAAAAAAUAAAAUUGUCUGGAAAGUUUUUGAUAUUUUUAAAUAAAAAAUCACUAAAAAAAAUUAAUCGAACCAAAAUUUUCAACUAAAAAAUUUCCUAUAAAAAAGCGGGUCUUAUUGAGAUUUUGGCAAACAAAAUUAGAUUUUCUUUAAUGUAACGUGGACUAAAACAAACAAAAAACUGGCUUUUUUGGCAACUUUGAGGAAACAUAAAAAAUAUCAGUUCAUCUUUGGGAAAACCUCUCCCACUUGAAUAGACUUGAAGAAGUCAUCCUGACACGACUGAGAAUUAUAGACACACCAAAAUCACACAUAACCACUUUUACCUAAAGGCCCCUGAGCCCUCAUGUCAAUUUUGCUCAUCUGAACCCAUAUCUGUUCAACUCGUACUAUUCUAUUGCCCCCAUUUACACCAAGAUCGAUCAUCUCUUCAAAAUAAAUGAAAACUCUCCCUUCAUUCCUGACAACCCCUCCGAAAUAGAAAAAUUUAUUACUGUAAUUAAAAAACACAACCUGACAAAUUCAAUAUAAACUGACUUAGGGUCUAAUAAUCUAGUAAUUAUAAACACCCCCCCCCCCCAUGAGUCUUCUUUACGAUUUUCACAAAAAAGUAAGAUUUUUCGGAAAUUUUGAUAAAUUCGUUUGCAAUUUUCACAUAAAAGCAACACAUUCUGGAAAUUUUGACCAAUAAAAAAUAUUUUUCUACAAUUUUGGCAAAAAACAAGACUACCCAGAAAGUUUUUGACAUCUAUAAACAAAAAUCAAUUUUUCAUCAAAAAAUCAGUUUAUUUGGCGUGCAAAGAAAAAAAUUGAUUGAACCAAAAUCAUCGAGCGAAAAAUUUUCUUGUCAAGAAAACCUCAUGCCUUCUUCGACUCUUGCAAAAAAAUCACGCUUUCUGCAAUUUCCCCAAAAAUCGGGUUUUUUGACAAUUUUGACAAAACUGGGGGGGUCUUUUAAAAAAUUUUCCCAGUUGUUUUUUGCAAUUUUGACCAAAAAAACCAAGUUUCAAAUUUGGCAAAAAUCAACUUCUUGGCAAUUUUGAUGAAAAAAAACAAGAUUUUUUUGCAAUUUUUGUGCAAACCCCCAGAUUUUUUACACAAGUUUUUUCUUCAAUUUUGGCAAAAAAAAAAACUCAACUCCUGCAUAUGUUUGUGCAUUUGGGAUAAUGGUUGGGAAAACGUGGAUGGGGAAAUAGGUCUUUUGGGGAAAUGGUAAAUUGGGGUUUCCGUGAAAAACCAUGUGAAAUUAUUGUAGAAUUUGUAAAAAAAAAAAAAAAACAAACAAAGUGACGAGGAAAAAGGAAAAACCAAUCAAUCGAAACCUAAAAGCUGAAAAAUCAAUGAUUUUUGAAAAUUUUCAGGUGUCAAAAACAAAUCAAGUAGAUCCUAAGAAAAGAUUGUAAUCCCAGAAAUGGGAUUAUCUAAUUCUCACUUCUCCCACCCCCUCCCAAAAAAAUGUAUUAAAAACAGUGGUGGAAUCUGCUGAACAGUGGUGGAAUCGUCGUUGGGCGCUCUCAGCCGGUCUUGGUGAUUUGGUGAAAUGCGCCGAUGGAUGCCCAAUGUGGCAGGGAUCGCGAAAUUUGAAAAAAAAAAAAAAAAAAAAAAAUUCAUCUGGGAAAAUAUAUUAAGUAAAGUAGAUACUUGAAUUUUCGAAAAACCAAAUUUCCAAUCAAUGUUCAUUUUUUCAUAAAUUUUUAUACAUAUUUCAUCUUUUUUCAGUGACCAUUCUUAUUGAGGGGAGGGGGGAGGGAAAGUUCAUCAUAUUAUUAUUUGUUCGCUGAGAAUUAAAAUUUUCUAAAUUGUACACAAAUUUUUUGUAUUUUUUAGACACAUUGUCUCUUCAUUUCUCAUCGUUUUUCCCCAGCUUGGUCAACUUGGCAAUGUGAAUUUUUCUCGUUAUCAGUUUUAAAAGGUUGCGAAAUUUUGAUCAUCUCCAUUUUUGGGCCUAAUAUAACUCUUCAAAUCUAAUAACUAGAUAAAAUACACUCCCCAGACACAGAGCUUUCUUUUAAUCUGAAAAUAUAAGCAUAGGUAUAAAUUACGAUACAUAUGUCAACAAUUGAAAUGCAACAAAGCAAGGAAUUUUCCCAUCUAUCAAUUUUAUAUGCAACCGAAAUCCAAACAUCUAGAGCUAGACCUACCUUAAUAGAUACUUAAUCACAAACCGAUAUAGGAAAAUUUCGAAAAACUUGGCCUUAAAAUUCGAACAUUAUUGUAACUUUUUAUAUGUACCUACUCGUAUAUUGGAACGAAAAGAACGAAAAAUGAAAUUUAUUAUUAGAUUUCUUAAUUCUUAUUCGCUUAGGUUAAUUUCCAGUACCUAAGUUCUCGAUUCGACAACGAAUACUCAUGACUUAUUACAUAAUUCUACAAAUUUGUGUAGAUUUUUUUUUCGACUACUAAUUACUAUCCUAGCUGGCUAUUUCAAUGGCAUAAAUAAUAACAUCUGAUGAUCACAAUGGAGGAACAAAGUCGAUGAUUUGUUCAAAAUUAGGUACAUUAGAUUUCCAAGUUUUUGGUAAUUGUCGUCUAUAUAUGUAUUAUGUACAUACCUACUUGGGAAUUUAUUUUUUGCCAUUUCUUGUAAGUCGUAUAGCUCGAGUAAAAUAAUUACCGAUGUGUAAUUAUUUUAGAAUUUGUUUUUAAUGAUAUAUUUUUUAUGCGUGAAGCAACACGCGUUCAAUUCAAAAGCACGGUUUUCUGUAAUAUACGAGUAUUUUAAGAUAGGUAAGAAGUAUGUAUGUACUAAGUAAGUACAUUAGACUGAAGAUGAAAAAGGAAUUUUUUUAAAAAUCAUCAUUGAUAGGUUAGGUACGUAUUUUAGACGAUUUCAGUAGAUGCUAAUUUAGAUUACCAAUCCAAUAAGUACCAAGCUACCAACCUAUAAUUUAAUUAUGUAGGUAGGACUUUAUCUUCAACAAUAGAUUUAUAGUAAGUAUGUGAGUAUAGAAGUAGAUUACCUGUACCUAUUUCAUGUGUCAUAAAUUAGCUUUACUUGCAUGUACAAAAGUUUCUCUACGACGUUUUUUUUAAAAAAAAUACUUAAGCUAAGUUACUGAUAAGAGUGAUAAGUAUUUAAUUUUUUUCAAAUUUUUUGAUUGUAGCUUCGUCAUUCUCAUUAUUAAAUAUUUUUCAACAGUG